GUGGUCGUUCUCUGUAUUGAAUGAGGCUGGCUUUGGUGCUCGAUAUUCAAGGGAAUGGGCGUGUGUGAACGUGUGUAGUGGUUCUACGUACACAUGACAUUGGACAGGUUUCGGGACCUGCUUCCAAUUCCAUCCAUGAUGAAGAACUUGGCGAUGAUCUAUCUCACCUCAGUCAGUCAGAGGUCAUCAAACAAAGGAGCGCGAGUUUCUCAUUGCGUCAAAGCGAAUCAAACCGAACACAACUUCCAAGUUCCAUUCAUCCACGAAACAUUGCAUUCGAAUGGACUUAUCUACUGAAUAGUGUCGGGAAGUUCGAGACUGGUCGUGGAUCAUUAUGUAUAUUUAAAACUCUAGGCGACCACUGUCAAGACAAUCGAGUUGUGUUCGUGAUAGGUUGCCUUUGGAUCCACGGUCAAGAUGAGUGCCGCGGAUGCUCUUGAUGUUGGUGUGAAAGAGCUGGUGGCUCAAACCGCUGAAGAUCUUGCCAUCGAGUCCACGAACUUGGAACAAGGCAAUGGAGAGCUCCUGAACUCGGAUGGGGAUCCGUGCAAUAGUUAUGAAUGGUCCAUCAUCUUCUUCGUGAUCUUGAUCCUCUCUCAAAUGGUCAUGGGGCUGCAUUUUGUCACGUUAUUCAAACGAAGGUCAAGCUUGUCGGCGUUCGAUAUCCUCACCUUUGCCUACUUCAUUUCAACGCUAAUUCAAUUUGGGCCCAUGUUUUCACAGGUCUUGCACUCUGGUCAUGAUGUGUAUUCCUUCACUCAAACCGGCUGCAAAUUGCAGUUUUUCACCGAUUACGGUAUGCGAAACGUCAUCACUUUUCUGGUCGUGUCAUUCUUCCUCUACGCCUAUUUGGUCCUCUACAAGAACUUUGACCCUGAGAACUUGGACGGGAAAAUGCGCAGAAACUACCCGUGGCUCAUUAUCCUCAUGGCGUUGAUUGAAGGCCUUUUCGGGAUGGUCCCUGCCAUGUAUGUGGAUGUCAGUCCUACUUUCAAGCACUGUGUGUGGACGCCCACCAUGGACUUGAGCAAUUUGCAGAUCUACUCCAUGGAGCUGAUCAUCCGGCCCUUGACACCCUACCUGAUUCCCGCCCUUCUCUUGGCUUACCCAUUGUUCAAGGUCACCAGUACGUAUCGUUCCAUGGACGCAGGCAAAGCCAAACCCAUCGUCUUUACUAUCUUGACCAUCACUUGGAGUUACUUCAUUAUGAAUCUACCCUACUCUUUGGUUUUGGUCAGGGAAACGUCAUCGCAAAUUCUCGGGGACCCGUCCAUUUACGAGAAUGCAACAUUCUGCAACUUCAAAUGGGUGACAUUUUUGUUGCAUCAGUCCUGGUUUUUGUUGGUUCCCGUGGCUAUUUUGGCGGGAGAGAUUGAAAAAGGAAACAAACCAGUUGGUUACGAAACAGUGUCCAACCUGGUGGAUAAAGUGAAAAGACAAAUUCAUCUGAGAUUGUAAGACAUUCCACUGAAUAAGUAUGUGCCCUGUCGAUAGUGUAGAAAUAAACAUAUAUCGUGAAAAUGAA